AUGCCAGGCCAGCCCACCCUACCUGCACUCCGCAGCUUCCUUCUCCCUUGGGCCUUAACCAUCUUCCACAUAGGCCUGGGAAACCCAGCACCCCACCCGGGCCCCCACUACCUCCUGUCCCCCAUCCACGAGGUCAUUCACUCUCGUCGUGGGGCCACGGCCACGCUGCCCUGCGUCCUGGGCGCCUCGCCUCCCAGCUACAAGGUGCGCUGGAGCAAAGUGGAGCCCGGGGAGCUACGGGAAACGCUGAUCCUCAUCACCAACGGCCUGCACGCCCGCGGCUACGGGCCUCUGGGAGACCGCGCCAGGAUGCGCCGGGGGCAUCGGCUGGACGCCUCCCUGGUCAUCGCCGGCGUGCGCCUGGAAGAUGAGGGCCGGUACCGCUGCGAGCUCAUCAACGGCCUGGAGGACGAGAGCGUGGCGCUGAGCCUGCGCCUGGAGGGCGUCGUGUUCCCCUACCAGCCCCGCCGGGGCCGCUAUCACUUCAACUACUUCGAGGCGAAGCAGGCGUGCGAGGAGCAGGACGGCCGCCUGGCCACCUACGGCCAGCUGUACCAGGCGUGGACGGACGGGCUGGACUGGUGCAACGCGGGCUGGCUGCUGGACGGCUCCGUGCGCUACCCGGUGCUCACGGCGCGCGCUCCGUGCGGCGGCCCCGGGCGGCCGGGCAUCCGCACCUACGGGCCCCGAGACCGCAAGCGGGACCGCUACGACGCCUUCUGCUUCACCUCCGCGCUGGCGGGCCGCGUGUUCUUCGUGCCGGGGCGGCUGACGCUUCCUGAAGCGCACGAGGCGUGCGGGCGGCGUGGAGCCGCGGUGGCCAAGGUCGGGCACCUCUACGCCGCCUGGAAGUUCUCCGGCCUGGACCAGUGCGACGGCGGGUGGCUGGCGGACGGCAGCGUGCGCUUCCCCAUCACCACGCCGCGGCCGCGCUGCGGGGGCCUCCCCGACCCCGGGGUGCGCAGCUUCGGCUUCCCCCAGCCCCAGCAGGCGGCCUACGGGACCUACUGCUACGCCGAGAAGUAGG